AUGGCCAUGCAACUGAUUGUGAGCCAAACUCAACUUGUCGAUGGCUAUCGAAGCAGUUUGCAACAAUUGCUGGGGCAUCUGCUGUGGACGUCGCAGCUGCAGCGCUGCUUUGCUGUAAUCAGCGAUGAUGUGCAUGCGGAUAUCUAUGAGCGAAGCUUCUACGAGUCCACACAACGCUGGAGUGUGCCGUACUUUAUGCUGCGCAUCAAUGCCAGCGAGGAUUGGUCUAAUCCCAGCCAGCAGGCGCAGCUGCUGCUGCAGGCCAUCAAGUCGAGUGGCUGUGAUAUGCAUGUGCUGACGCUGCUGAAUGGCUGGCAAGUGAAGCAGUUUAUUAAAUAUGUCUACGAUAAUCGUGCACUGAAUAUGCAACAAAGGUUCAUACUGUUGCACGAUGAGCGGCUGUUCAGUGUGGAUAUGUUGCAUGUAUGGAGUGUUUUUGUUAAUGCAAUAUUUUUGCAGCGUCAACAGCUCAACAGCUUUAGCAUACAUAGCAUUGCCUAUCCGGGCAUUUUAAGUGGCAUAUUGCUGCUUAAGCAGCUUGGACAUUGGACCAAGGGCAAGCGCAUUGCCAGCGCUCAAUACUUUGCAGACAAAACCAGCAAUCUAAACGGCAUGUCGCUUAUGAUUGCUUUGGUUGAACAUGCGCCCAUGGUGCUUUUGAAUAAAACCACAAACAAAUACGAGGGUGUUGAAAUUGAAAUUGUUGCAGCUUUGGCGCAAACUUUAAAUUUCCAAGCUGUCUACUAUACACUAAAUGAAAGCGCUGCUGCUAAUUGGGAGCAGCUGCCGCAGUCUAACGACAGCUCACUGCCAGCAGGACUCAUAGGCGAGCUGGCUCAGCAUCAUGCACGUUUUGCCAUUGGCGACUUGCAUUUGUUCAGCAGCUAUGGGCCGCAUGUGGAGCUUAGUUUGCCACAUAGCGUUGAAUGCUUGACUUUUCUAACGCCCGAAUCCUCUGCUGACAACUCCUGGCAAACAUUCAUUCUGCCCUUUAGUGCUGGCAUGUGGUUUGGUGUGCUGCUCUCGCUUUUCGUUGUCGGCAGCAUCUUCUAUGUCAUCAGUUUUCUCAAUUCGCUGCUUACGCGCCACAGUCAGCUGCGUUUCUUUCGCUGCCUGCGCCGACGCGCUACUGCGCAGCUGCCACAGCAGCGCUGGCAGCGUUUGAGCUUUCGUCUAGCGCUCAGUCGUCGCCACAAAGCGCGUGCAGCUUUGUUGCAACACGAUCUAUUCGAUGACUAUGCCACUUGCCUGCUGCUCACCUACAGCAUGUUGAUGUAUGUCUCGCUGCCACGCAUGCCACGCAAUUGGCCACUGCGCGUGCUAACGGGUUGGUACUGGAUCUACUGCAUCUUGCUGGUGGCAACAUAUCGCGCAAGUUUCACAGCCAUUCUGGCUAAUCCCGCUGCACGUGUUACCAUAGACUCACUGCAGGAACUAUUACGCACCCGCAUACCGCCCGUAACCGGCACCGUGGACAAUAAACAGUUUUUUCUGGAUGCCAGCGAUGAGCUUGCACAGAAAGUGGGCGCACAAAUGGAAGUAGUGCAGCAGUUCAAUGAUCUGCCGGAGCGCAUUGCGCAGGGUCGUUGCGCCUACUAUGAUAACGAGUUCUAUCUGCGUUAUCUGCGUGCUGCUGAUGUUACCCAAGGCUAUGGAUCGUCCGCUUUGCAUAUUAUGCGUGAUUGCGUUGUGCAGAUGCCAGUGGUGUUGGGGCUGGAGAAGAACUCGCCGCUGAAGCGGCAAGUCGAUGGUUUGUUGCAGCAGCUGCGUGAGAGCGGAUUGAUUGAGAAAUGGCUGCGUGAUGCAAUAGAAAUGCUGCCAGCCGAGGAGCAGGCGCCACAGGAGGCGCUCAUGAAUUUGAAAAAGUUCUGGAGCUCGUUUGUAGCUUUGGGCAUUGGUUAUCUUGUCUCGAUUUGCGCCCUGCUCUUGGAGCACGGCCACUUUAGAUAUAUUGUUAUGAAGCAUCCAAUGUAUGAUGCGUACUAUCCUAGUCUGUAUUACAAUUUUAAACGUCUUUAUCCAGAUGAACGCAUAGCUAAAUAAUUUGUCUGCCAUCAGCAUCAGCACUUCAGCACAGAGCCGCAACGUUUGCAUUUCCAUAAGUAACGUCAUAUAUCAUUAGAGUGACCUCAAGUACCCAAGCAAUGUGUUAAAUUCAAUUUCAAGAAGUUUUGAAUUCUUUCCAUCACUUUAC